GCCGCUGCGCCAGCAAUCAGCUCCCGCGUCCCCGCUGCGGACCCCACGCGCCCGCCAGGUUGAGGACGGUUACAAGGCCCAGGCUCGCGCGCUUUCCCAGCGCCCAGACGCCAACGGUCAUCUGAGCCCCGGACACUUCGCCGGCAGCCGGGUCCUGCGACUUUGGGAACUUCUGGAAGCCGAAUCCCCAACGGAAGGCCCCCGCCCCGCCGUCGGCUCCCAUGGGCAGCAACGUGAGCCCGCCCAGGCCCGCGCAGCCACCCCUCGGCGCAGGGCACCCGAAACCCCGGCCCCCGCCCGCCUCGACCCAGGACGGCGGGCGCCGCGUCCGCACCGGCCCCCUCCCCCGGACGCCGCCCAACUGGGACCCCUCCAGCCCGCGGAGGGUGGUCACCGAGGCCUGGAGGCGCUUUCCUGCCAAGGCGCCCCCGGGGACCGUCCUGGGGCCGGACCUGUCCAGCGCCUGGGAGAGUUACAUGAAGCGGUGGGUUUGGAGUGCCCGCCACCCGAGACGGACCUGGAGCCCCGUGACCGUCAAGAUCGCGCCGCCUGAGCGCAGGGGGAGCCCCUGGGCGUCUGCGGCGCAGGGGCGCGGCGCCUGCUCUGCUGGGCUUCCGCUCUCCCAGGAGCGCCCGGACCCGUGUGCCAAGGAGACUGUGCUGAGGGCCCUCAGCCAGUGCCCUAAGGGCAACCGUAGGUUUGACGGGCCCCUGUGGUUUGAGAUCCCGGAGGGCGCGAGCCGGAGGCCCAACCCAGAGCCCAGGCCUUCCGCCUUUAAGCCCCUGAUCAGAAAUGGAGAGGUCCCUUCCUUCGUGCCCAGGCCAGGGCCGCUGGUCAGAAGCCUUCACUGCUGGAGCUGCAGUGUGUCGAAGGAGGACGCGGACCUCGGGCCCGAUGCCCAGCCUCCACCGUCUGCUGACCACCCUGCAGCAGGGACACUGUCAGCCCAGGACACAGAUCCUCAGCUGCAGAGCUGAGAAAAGAGGCCGCGCUCCUGGGGCCUCACACCUAAGAGCAGCGCCUGGGGCUCUCCUUCUCCACCCCGAGGUUACCCAGCCCUCAGGCUCCUUUGAUUCCUGAGUCAGAGCCCCUUACCUGCCUCCUGAGACUCACCAUUGUGUAUUUAUUCUCAGCCCGCUGACCCCUUGCUCUAUCUCUGCGUGGGACCCUGACACAGGACUGCGGCGGCCCCCAGACCCGCCUGUCCUUCCUGCGUAGAUCCCGCACUGAAAAUUGUUGAUAAGCCCCCUGCCUCCCCCGGCCUCCCCCUGCGUGCCUUUUUCGCUUCAUUUUCUGGAAAAUAGUUUUUCUUCCCCACCUUCCCUCUUUGGCCGGCUUGUAUAAAUAUUUGAUCACAUUAAAAAAUAAUAUUAAUACUUUAAAAA